UUCAGGUUGUUUAACAGCAAGUUUGCAGCAUGGAAGAACUCAACUCCUCUAUGGUUACCUUUAACAGCUCCGCUCAACCUGGAGAUCCUUCUCCUGCAUCAUGGGUCUCCAUCAAACUGGUUUCUGUAGUGGUGGUGUCCUUCUGCUUCUUGCUGGGAGUUCCUGGAAAUAUUGCUGUGAUCAUCCUCAAACCAAACUGGCAGCACCUGUCCAAUCUGAGCCAGAGUCUGAUGCUGAAUUUGGCCAUAUCUGAUCUGAUCUGCCUGCUCCCCCUGCCCCUUUGGAUUUACACUUUUCUGAAAGGCUGGACUCUCGGUUUGGUGGCCUGUAAGCUUCUGACGUAUAUCAUGUACUGUAGCCUCUAUUCUAGCCUCCUGACAGUGACACUGCUGAGUGUCCAGCGCUACCUACAGGUGGUACAUCUGCAGAAAAUCUUUGAUCGCGCAGGAAGACGGAGGCUGCUGGUUCUCCUCUGGCUGGUUACCAUGAUCCUGUCUAUCCCAGCUUUAGUGGUUCGACAGGUGAUCGAACACCAGCAUGGGACAGACUGCCACUUCAAGUACUCUUCCCAGUCCCAGCAGGUGGCCGUGAUGCUAACAGAGACCCUGACUGGACUUUUUGCAAUUUCUGUUGUGGCAUUUUCAUACAUCGGCCUCCACAGAAAAGUGAACCAGGCAGCUUUCUUCAACAACCCACAGAUGACCUGGCUGGUCACAAGUAUCACUGUGACCUUUUUUGUUCUAUGGAUACCAUAUCAUAUCACAAAUGUGCUUAGUGUGGCAGCUAUUCUGCUCAAAAAUGAAACAUUUUUGAAGUUUUGCAUGGACAGCUGGUACACGGUUUCAGCAAUGGUGUUUCUGAUCAGCUGCCUUAAUCCAAUCCUUUAUGCGUUUGCUUCUAGAAAAAUGUGCACCGUGUGCUAAGAAAGAAAACCUUGAUAUUUUUGGUAAUGUAGAAGCUUUCUGUUACAGUAAGUGUAAUUCUUUGAUAUAAAUGGAAAUAGUAGAUUAUAUGACCAAUGUACCUGGCUUGGGAGUUUAUUGGCUUAAAAAUGAGGGAUUGAGGAAGUAACUCUAACCUAUUGCAGAACCUUUAUGAAACAAACACAGAAAUAUCCCCAACAUUAAUUCUGGAACUUAGUCUAAAUAUAUCACAAUAUACACAGCUUAUUUUUACCCACAAUUCUAGUGAAUUCUUCGCUAUAAUUACAACUGUUUUCAUACUGAAAGAGGAUGUUUGUCGUCAGCAAGAUACAUCUGAGUUAAUCAUCUGCAUCUCAAGCACACCGAAACUAGGAAAAAUAGGACUGCUUGAUUUUUGUUGGGUUUAAUGUUUAAUGUUGUUCACUUAGCUUUAUUGUUGUGAUCUCUUAAAAGUCAGAUGUUUGUCCUCUCACCAAACUGUUAAAUUGUUGUUAGCUUGAUUUCAAACAGACACAGGAGCUUGCAUGUUAUUUACCAUUCUUUACCAAAUCUCCAAAUAGUUUUUCUGGCCAGACACAUUUUGUUAUGCUCAUGCACACUUAAUUCACGUAGCCAGAAUAAAAACACACACACACACACGCACACACACACACACACACACACACACACACACACACACACACACACACACACACACACACACACACACACACACACACACACACACACACACACACACACACACACACACACACACACACACACACACACACACACACUCUUACUGUCACGCAACCCAGACAGAUGCACGCACACUUCCUUUGUUUUGUAUGUGUCCGUCUGGAUAUUUUGUUAAAGAAUUUAUUGUAU